AUGCCCAUGGCUUUUGUUGCAGCGGCUGCAAACGCCACAGCUUUUCAGACCCCCACGGCCACAAAUCCCCCACCUCAAGUGCGGUUUUCAUCCAGCUCGUCGGCUACUGGGACAGCCCAGAUUCCUGAGAUUUCAGUAUUGUCACCUAUGGUAACACGAGUGCUUGGUCUUAACCCAGGCAAGUUUACAUUGCAGGGAACCAACACGUACAUUAUUGGAAACGGCGCACGGCGGGUGCUGAUAGAUACCGGCGAGGGCCAAGAAGAAUACCAUGAAAAAUUGGCCAAGUAUGCAGCAUUGGUUGGGUUUGAGAUUGAGGCUGUGCUGAUUACGCAUUGGCACGGAGAUCAUGUUGGUGGCGUGCGAAAGAUUCUUGAACAUGCAGAGGAGCGGCAGCAAAGGAAGAAUCCAGAUGAAGGUGGUAUUAUACCAACCAUUUACAAGUACCGGCUGGACGAUGAGGUUGUUGCAGGACUAAGGCCUGUGGAACCGCAACCUCAUUGGGAAAAGCUUGGGGAGAGUGCCAAACACGGAUGGCAGUUUGUUGGUGUUGCAGAUGGAGAGCGGUUAGACUUUGAUGGGUUUUCAUUGACUGCGCAUCACACGCCUGGACAUGCAGCAGACCAUUUGGUUUAUUGGUUGGAGGGACCUGAAGAGACUGCGAUGUUUAGCGGUGACAAUGUACUGGGAGAGGGAUCUACAGUAUUUGAGGAUUUGGGAGAGUAUUUGGAUUCCUUGGAACGAAUGGCACGGGUGCUUGCUCGAGCAGGUGGAAGUGGUAGUAACAGGAGGGUGCGGGUAUAUCCUGGGCAUGGGCACGUGAUUGAAGAUGGUCAUGGCAAGGUUCGAGAGUACAUUGGGCACCGGGAGCAGAGAGAGCGAGAGAUUGUGGGGUCUUUGCGGAGGCAUCAUCAGGGACAAGUUAGUUAUGGGGAUGGGUUGAGAGACGGGGUUUCAAGUGUUGGAGUGAUGGAGAUUGUGGAAGAUUUGUAUCGGGCAUAUCCUGCGACGUUGCAUGGAGCAGCUGCGCGUGGAGUUGUUUUGCAUUUGACGAAGCUUGAGCGGGAGGGCCGAGUUGAGAGUGAGCAUGGCAAGUGGCGGUUAGUUGGAGAGAUUGGAGAAGAAGAAUGGUGUAAGUUGUAA